GCUGAUAAUCCAAGCCAUUUUUUAAUUUUUGGUUUCUCCUGUUUUUGUGACGCCUAACGAUUUUAGCCAAAAGAAAAUGGGCAAACGACGCAGCCGUGAACGAGAACGGCGUUCAUCCAGCGCCACCGACGAGGCGGUGGCCACAAAACCCAAGAAGAGCAAGCGCCGGGAACGCGACAACUCCAAUUCAUCGUCGAGCAGCCGCCACAGCAACAGCUCCGCCAAGAGCGACCACAGCAGUCAGCAGAAGAAACGGAACAGCAGCAAGAUGGAGAAGUCAGAGAAGCAGGAGAAACGCUCCAAGCCCCAGCCGGCGGAGGAGAAACCAACGGAGGAGCUGCAAGAGCAGCGUUCCAAAUGGGAUAGCCCAGAACGGGGCAAUUCCAGUCGCCAGAAUGUGAAGCAACGUCGCCACAGUCAUAGUCGUUCCAGGGAAAGGGAGAGGGAACGGGAGCGAGAUCGUGAUCGGGAUAGGGACCGCCACGACCGUAGCGGACGGGAGAGGGAAAGAGAACGAGAACGGGAGCGUAGCAAGGAGCGGCGGCCCCGGAGUAACGAUCGCCGGGAUCGAGACAGAGAUAGAGACAGGGACCGUCAGCGUAGAUCCCCCGAAAGACGACCAGCCAGACGCAGUCGUAGUCGCAGCCCUCGAGAUCGCAAGCCGCGUGGUGGUCGCGACUUUGGACGCAAUCGUAACCAGCGCCGGGACAACCGGAAUCGCAACGACGACGAACAGUACGAGUGGGGCAAGCAGGGCGACGAGAAAUCCCACAAACCCGACGACGACGAGCCCGUGGAGAAGGAGAAACCCAAUUUCGGACUGAGCGGUGCCCUCACCGAGGACACCAACAAGGUGAAUGGUGUGGUGGUUAAAUACUCAGAACCUCCGGAGGCCCGCAAGCCCAAACGCCGCUGGCGUCUGUAUCCCUUCAAGGGCGAAACGGCCCUGCCCACGCUCCACAUUCAUCGGCAGAGCUGCUUCCUGGUGGGACGCGAUCGCAAGGUGGUCGACCUGGCGGUGGAUCAUCCCAGUUGCUCCAAACAGCAUGCCGCCCUGCAGUAUCGUCUGGUGCCGUUCGAGCGCGACGACGGCAGUCAGGGGAAGCGUGUCCGAUUGUACCUCAUCGAUCUGGAGUCGGCGAACGGGACGUUUCUGAACAACAAGAAGAUCGAUGGCCGGAAGUACUAUGAACUCAUGGAGAAGGAUGUCAUUAAGUUUGGCUUCAGUUCCCGGGAAUACGUGCUGUUGCACGAGAACAGCAAGGAGGACCAGGAGGACGAUGAUGUUCAUAUCAAGGACGAGCCCCAAGAUGCACCUGCCGAGGAAGUUAAUCCCUAGACAUUAUAGUUAAUUGUGUUCCCCUUCAAAUCCCCCAUCCAAGAUUUUUUAUUUUAUUUUUAUUUUACUUAAAUAUUUUAGUUUUGUUUUAAAACCAGACGAAUUGUAAAAAAAAACAAAACAAGAUUAUGUUCAAGACCGAUGUUUGUAGAACACAGUUUUUCGUGUUCACUGCCACAAAAAAUAAAUUCUCACAUUGUAAAUUCUUCCAAAA